ACCGUGGUGGAGACGCUGUACUGUAAGUCCUGUGAGCUCCCCAUGCGGGUCAGGAGGGACCGGAUUUUGGAGCACCUGGCUUCAGGGCGGCAUUACCGGAACCGGCGGCUGAUCAAGCAGCACUGGAACAGAGCUCCGGUUUUAAUCUCCACUGGUGGUGAUCAGGUUGGCAAUAUUCCAGUGCCUCUAGACUCGGCAUGGCACCCUCAGCCCUCCUUCAUGCUGCAGUCUAGCUCCAGCAGUAACUCCGUUAGCACCACAAACCUGGUGCCAUCUCCUCCUCCUCCUCACCACCAUCACCCCUCCUGGAUCACCGGCCCGCUGAACCCCAUCAGCUCCACCACAAACCUAGUGAGCAACAAAGAUCCAGCACCGUCUACCUCUUCCUCACUCCCGUCAUCGUUUGGCACAAUCCAUGUCCAGAAUCCAUCCAUAUCCUCCAAACACAUAAACCAAAGGCAUAUCAUUUCUGAAGCUACCAAUAGCAUGGUUCCUGGACGGCCAAUCGGCAACUUUGGCUCACGCGGCCGCGGUGGCAUUGGACUAGCCGUAUUCGGGGUGGGUCAUGGAAGCAGAGCAUUGAUGAGAAGUUUGACAGAGGACCAUGGCUGUUACCUGCAUUACAUUGUAGAGAAUCAGUUGUCUGAAGUGGAGAAAGCCUUUGGUGGUGGACUCUUGACCAAGACGAGAGUAUUGCCUGAACAGGAUGUGGACAUUGCCCUUGGCGACCAACGUGUGUCUGGUAUUGUCAUCUGCUCUCCGCCAGUCGCAGCCGCCCGGUUGACCCUGGAAGCAUUACGUGCUGGGAAAGCUGUCCUGUGCGAGAAUCUCCUCAGUACCAACACAGCGAUGGUGGAAGCGUGCUUCGAUGAAGCGGAGAAACGCGGAAAGCCGCUAGUAUGCGGCUUUUACAAGAGAUUUGACCCCGCGCUAAGAUACUUAUACAAAAAACUUCAUGAGUCCAGCGGCAUGGGAAGAAUUCAGAGGCUUUCUGCAGUCAGUCGUCUCUAUCCUCCGAUUCCUCUCAACAGGUUGAAGAUGUCAGGAGGCAUCUUCUAUAGCACGGCUUUACACGACAUCGAUAUUGUCAGCUGGUUACUUGGCGUGAGUGUUCCAGAUACAGUGUUCUCACUGGGACAUGCCUUCUGUUCUGAUCUAGGCACAAUGAAGGAUGCAGACACGGUGAACAUCAGCAUGAAGUUUUCUAGCGGAAUCAUAGUGAGUUUGGAUAUCAGUCAGCAUUGCACAAAAACCUGCGACCAAAGGCUGGAGCUGUACGGCUGUCAGGGAUCACUACGUCUAGACAAUCAGAAUCCUCUGUGCAUUAUAGAGAAUAACUCCUCUUUCCCAACCCUGUCCCAUUCACACCAUGAGAGGUAUAGAGAAGCCUACAAAGAUCUCUUCCAGCACUUUAUACGCACCAUCAAAGGCAAAGAAUGUCCAGCAAUCACCAAAGAACAAUACCUCUGUGCAUUGCAGAUCGCUGCAGCGGCCGAGCAGUCCUGGCAGAACGGUUCAGCUGUAGACCUGCGGAACGAGGCCGUAGAUAUAUCUAUUAUAAAGACUGAGGUCAUAUGA